GCUGGCCACAGAAUGGGGGACACGCUGGAGAACAGCUCUGAGGAGCCCGAGAUGGCUCUGAACAAUGAGUGUUCGACGAAAAUGGGGGAGCUGGUGGAAGUCUCGAGCGGUGAGAAGGUGAAGUUUGACGACACAGGUCUCUCCCUGAUGCUCCAGAAUGGCCUGGAGAACCUUCGCCUGGAAAAUUCCCUCACGGAUGUCAUCCUGUGCGUGGACAGCAGGGAGUUCUCCUGUCACCGAGUGGUCCUUGCUGCAGCAAGCAAUUACUUCAGGGCCAUGUUCUGCAAUGAUUUAAGAGAGAAAUAUGAGGAGAAGAUCAUACUAAAAGGAGUUGAUGCAGAAACCAUGAAUAUACUCUUGGACUACACCUACACCAGCAAGAUGCUCAUCACAAAGCAAAAUGUACAGAAAGUCUUGGAAGCUGCCAGCCUCUUUCAGUUCCUGCGCAUGGUGGAUGCCUGUGCCAGCUUCCUCACCGAGGCGCUCCAGCCCGAGAACUGCGUCGGCAUCCUGAGGCUGGCUGAUGCCCACUCCCUGCACAGCCUCAAACAGCAGGUGCAGAACUACAUCAUCCAGAACUUCACCCAGGUGCUGAACUACGAGGAGUUCCUGGAGCUGCCGGCAGACAUCCUGUGCAGCACGCUGAAGAGCGAUGACCUUUAUGUCACGGAAGAGGCGCAGGUGUUCGAAACUGUCAUGAACUGGGUCCGCUACAAGGAGUCAGAAAGGCUUUCCCUCAUGCCCUACGUGCUGGAGAAUGUCCGGCUGCCCCUCUUGGACCCUUGGUAUUUUGUAGAGACUGUUGAAGCUGAUAAACUCAUUAGGCAGUGUCCAGAUGUCUUUCCUUUGCUCCAAGAAGCGAGAAUGUACCAUCUGUCAGGCAAUGAGAUCAUUACAGAAAGGACCAAGCCCAGGAUGCACGAGUUCCAGUCUGAGGUGUUUAUGAUCAUAGGGGGCUGUACAAAAGAUGAGAAGUUUGUAGCAGAAGUGACUUGCCUGGAUCCUUUGAGGCGAAGCCGUCUGGAAGUAGCAAAAUUACCAAUCACAGAGCAGGAGACGGAGAAUGAGAAUAAGAAAUGGGUGGAGUUUGCAUGCAUUACCCUAAAAAAUGAAGUCUACAUAUCAGGUGGCAAAGAGACAAAGCACGAUGUCUGGAAAUACAAUGCCUCCAUCAACAAAUGGAUACAGAUUGAGUAUCUCAAUAUUGGGCGCUGGAGACACAAAAUGGCAGUGUUGGGUGGCAAAGUCUAUGUCAUUGGGGGGUUUGAUGGCAUGCAGAGGAUCAACAGCAUGGAAGCAUAUGAUCCCUUUCAUAACUGCUGGUCAGAGGCUGCUCCCCUGAUGGUCAACGUGAGCUCCUUUGCAGCAGCCAGCUACAAGAAGAGGCUGUACGUGAUUGGGGGGGGCCCCAACGGGAAGCUGGCCACGGACAAGACUCAGUGCUACGACCCUGCCACCAACUCGUGGAGCCUCAGGGCCCCCAUGCCCGUGGAGGCCAAGUGCAUCAACGCUGCCAGCUUCAGGGACCACAUCUACGUGGUGGGUGGGGCGAUGAAAGCUCUGUACUCCUACAGCCCCCAGGAGGACACAUGGUGCCUGGUGACUCAGUUCAGCCACGAGAGAGCCAGCUGUGGCAUUUCUCCUUGCAACAACAAGCUGUUCAUCACCGGCGGCCGGGAUGAGAGGAACGAAGUCAUUGCGACAGUGCUCUGCUGGGACCCUGAAACCCAGAAGCUGACAGAGGAGUGUGUCCUGCCUCGGGGGGUGUCUCACCACGGCAGCGUUACCCUCAGGAAGUCCUACACGCCCGUCCGUAAGAUUGUGCCCGGGGCAGUUUCUGUGUGACAAAGGAACCCGGUGCCUCCUGGCACAGACUGCGCUGAGGAUGGGUUUGAGCUUCGGGAUGGAUGGAUGGAAACACCGCCACGGGUCCUCUGGGGGAUACUGUGUACAUGCCCAUCCUUGUGUUUCCUCUGUACAUUAUAUCCUUAAAUUAUCUUAAUUCCUUCCCUCCACAGAAAAACAAAGGGACAAGCUGUUGUUUACUCCUGCCAAUGGAAUAGCUCCAGUCAGGCAAAGAAAUGUAGGUGGGAAAUUUGCUUCCCAGCUAUAUCUGCCCUGGAAUGUGCUUGAAGUGGCUCAGUCUGGUCCCAGAGUUUGGUCAACUAUUUAUUGUUUUAAGUUGGAUUUGCAAUACCUACUAAUGAAAAAAAGAGAAGUUGCUUUUGGAAUUAAAUAUUUGUAACUUUGGUGGAACAUAAUGUUUUGUCUUCCAAAGCUGUGCUUUCCCCGCCCCAGUGUUUGGCACAUUCGAUUAAGUUUGAGCCAGUUUGUUUGUUUGAAGACACUUUGUUGGUUUUUCAGUUCUGCAUGACCAAAAAAAAAAAAAUCCAUUUCAGUUUGCAAACCUUGCUGUCGUUCCCAAGAAAAAGACUGCAGAGGCUACGAAUGUAAGUCAAUGCUGAUUUGUUUCCACUGAACAUUCACGGCGGCUGUUUUCUAAAUAAAACAGACCAAAAGGUAGUUUCCCUUUCCUCUGUUGAGUGUCGGGCUGUUGUGCCUGUUUUCCUCUGGCGGUGGCAGAGCAGCCGAGCCCGAUGCUCCAUCCCUGCCUCCAUCCCACUGGGUGGCAGUGCGCUCCCAGCCUUCUUCUCACGGGCUGUGCUUUCCCAGAACAGCCUGCUGGAGAGAAAAACAGUUCCAGGUACUGCUCCCAGCCUGGUUCCUGAGACUGUCACAUGCUGGACCACAAGGGGCAAAUGUUCACCAGGCCAGGCGGGCCCAAGUCUCGAGUCCCAGCAUCUGGGUCAGUUGUAGGGAAAGAAAAACAAACAUUGAAG